GCCGCAAUGGCCGCCGCCUCGUCCUCUCCGUCGUCGUCGUCGUCCCCGCCUUCUCCCGUCAGGACCCCGCUGAUGGGCAACUGCUGGAGCUGCCGCCUGCUCAGCGGGACGGGGCUGCUGGGGGCGGGCGGCUACGUGUACUGGGCGGGGCGCCGGCCCAUGAAGCUGGGCAUCCCGCCGGGCCCCGGCCACAUCGCCCAGAUGGUCCUCGGCAUCGGCAUCGGCUGCUGGGGCGUCGUCGUCAUGACGGAUCCGGCGGGCACGGCCUGGCCCAAGAAGUGAGCCCGCCCCGACCGGCGCCUGGACCUGAUGGCGAAGGCCCCGCCCGCUCCCCCUUUUCCCCCCCCCGCCUCAGAGGCUAAUAAAGUUUGCG